ACCACCCAAAAAAAUUUAAUUUAUAUAUAUAUAUAUAUAUAAAUAAAAUAAAACGCGUAACUCGCCGAAUUAAUCGCCGGUCUCAUCCGUCCUCGGCGGAUCGCCGAUUCAUUGGGAUAUUUACAUAAAUAUCCCCGCGAAGUGCAAAGCGGAAAGUUUUAGGGAUUGAGAGUUUAGGGUUUCGGGGAUGGUGGCGAGGAUGAUGAAGUGGAGGCCUUGGCCGCCGGCGGCGACAGGGAGGAAGGUGGAGGUGAGGUUGGUGGUGAGGAGGGUUGAAGGUGGAGUGGAGGGGUUGGGGGAGAAGGUGGCGGUGGAAGUGAGAUGGAAAGGAGGGAGGAUGGGGUUGGGAGCGUUGAGGAGAAGGGUGAAGAGGAACUGGACGAGAGAGGAAGGGGUUGGUGAUAGUGGGGUUGUUGUUUGGGAUGAGGAGUUUCGCAGUGUUUGUAGUCUCACGGCGCAUAAGGAGAAUGCUUUCCAGCCUUGGGAGAUUGGUUUCACUGUUUUCUCCGGAUUAAACCAAGGGCCAAAGAAGUUAUCUGUAAUUGGAACUGCUUCGCUAAACUUGGCAGAAUUUGUGUCUGCUGCUGAUGUAGAGACUGAGAUAAAUCUUCCGCUGUUGCUUCCUGAUGCUCGUCCUGAGUCUCAUCCAACUCUUAAUUUAACUCUCAGCCUAUUGGAGUUGAGAACUUUUCAAGAACCGGAGGUCAUGCAAAGAUGUGUGAUGCCUGUCACCUCCUCUCCUCCCUCGGGAGAUUCUCUGCCUUUGGAGAAGGAUGAACUUUCUGCUUUUAAAGCUGGAUUAAGAAAGGUGAAAAUACUUUCAGAUUUCAUAUCAACUCGGAAAGUCAAAAAGAUGUGUCGUGAUGAUGACGGAAGCGAAGGAAAAUGCUCAACUAGGAGUGAGGAUGGGGAAUAUGCUUACCCAUUUGACUCAGACUCCCUUGAUGAUGAUGAUGCUGAUGAAGUGGAAGAGGGUGAUUCUAGUUUUAGGAAGUCAUUCAGUUAUGGUACUUUGGCAUCCGCGAACUUCUAUGGGGGUCCCGUUUGUUCUGACUUGAGCAUAAAAGGAGAUUAUGAGGAAUGGAUCCCCUAUAGCCAUCGGCGAUCAGAUGUAGGUUUGUCAAACUUGGAUCAGGCAACAAAGCCAAUUUCUGACCAGCCCCUUAGGCAGACUUCAAAAAGGAGUAUCCUGAACUGGAAGAAAAGGAAGUUGAGUUUUCGAUUGCCAAAGGCCAAAGGCGAGCCAUUAUUAAAGAAAGGGAAUGGGGAUGAAGGUGGUGAUGACAUUGAUUUUGAUCGUCGGCAGCUGACUUCAUCUGAUGAAUCUUACAAUGGGUUCAAAGCUGAUGAUGAUGGAUCAGGACAACGGUCAUCUUUUUCUGAAUUUGGUGAUGACAAUUUUGUUGUGGGCAGUUGGGAAUCAAAGAAGUUUGAAAGCCGUGAUGGUCAGAUGAAGCUUUUCACACAGGUUUUCUUUGCUUCCAUUGACCAAAGGAGUGAACGAGCUGCGGGUGAGAGCGCAUGCACGGCUCUGGUUGCUGUCAUCGCCGACUGGUUCCAAUCCAAUGUGGACAUGAUGCCUAUCAAAUCUCAGUUUGAUAGCCUAAUCCGUGAGGGUUCUCUUGAAUGGAGGAACCUUUGUGACAACCAGAAUUAUCGGGAGCUUUUCCCUGACAAGCACUUUGAUCUUGAGACAGUUCUUCAAGCGAAGAUCCGCCCACUUUCUGUCAAUCCAGGGAAGUCCUUCAUUGGGUUCUUUCGCCCAGAAGGUACCACUGACAACAACAGUGGCUUUGAUUUCUUGCAUGGAGCUAUGUCUUUUGACAGUAUUUGGGACGAGAUCAGCCAAGCUGGAAGUGACGAGUGUCCUGUGAACGGAAGCCCUCAGCUUUACAUAGUGAGCUGGAAUGACCACUUCUUUGUCCUCAAGGUUGAGCGAGAUGCCUAUUACAUUAUAGAUACUCUUGGUGAGAGGCUUUACGAGGGCUGUAGCCAAGCUUACAUUCUGAAGUUCGACGAGAACACAUUGAUCUACAAAACCCAGGAAGAAGAGAAAUCUGCAAGCUCAGAAGCCGGGGGAGCUGACAAGCAACCGGCCACUCAAGAAAAUAACACAAAAUGCUCCACAAGAGAGGAUGCUACAAACAAUGGUGCUAUUGAGGAAGAAAUAGUGUGCAGAGGAAAGGAAGCCUGCAAGGAAUACAUCAAGAGCUUUCUUGCUGCAAUCCCGAUAAGGGAGCUGCAAGCCGAUAUCAAUAAGGGCUUGAGGGCAUCAACUCCAUUACAUCAUCGGCUCCAGAUUGAAUUCCAUUACACAGAGGCAUCAAAGGAGAUAGUACCUGUUACACCGAUGUCAGUUGAGCCGAUACCGGAGCCAGAAGCUGCUGUUACCUUCGCACAAUCAGCAAAUUUGGAGGUAGAGGUUGUAUAGAGAUGUUUCAGGUCUUAAUGUGAUUAUUUACUUAGGUUAUUUGUUUUUUUAUCGGUCUCUGCUUGAAUCGGAGAGGGAUGAUUCUAAAGAGAGGAUGCGCCAAUCCAAAGAGCGGCCGGGUACCUUUUUUUUUCGGUUUUCGUCGUCUGAAUAUAAUGUAUUUCCUUUCCUUUUCUGUGUCUAAAAGAAAUGUUGGGUCUUUGUCAGUAGCUUGAUAUCUAAUAUAUCUAACCGAAUGAAAGGACUAUUUUAUCGCUAAUAUGUAGCCAUUGAAAUGUUGAAUGUUGUAAGUAUUAGCUGGUGAUGCUUAGCUUGAUGAAUAAAUUUUUGUUUA